CCGAGAACUUCGCACUUCCCUCUGCUUUGACUGUUAUAGCAAUGGCAGCAGCAGCGGAGCUUCUUUCACUCUCUCUCUCGUUGCGAGAAAUAGCGUCAGAUCGAAAAUCUCUCCUUUCUCAAACCCUCGAAGUUCAUCGUCUCGUUCUCAUCACGAUCGUAUUUCUCCUUUCCUUCUCUCUCUUUCCGAUCGCCCAAUCUCAGCAAAUCCCAGAGUUCUAUGGUGGCGUCGGAUACGUUGACCCGAACUGCGGCCCGCAGGGGUCACAGUUGAAGAUCUUGAUCAAGGGCGGGACUGUUGUUAAUGCUCAUCAUCAGGAGGUCGCUGAUGUUUACAUCGAGGAUGGGAUUAUUGUCUCUGUGGGUCCCAACAUGAAGGUUAGUGAUGAUGUAACUGUACUUGAUGCUACAGGGAAGUAUGUCAUGCCAGGAGGAAUAGACCCUCACACGCACCUAGCAAUGGAGUUUAUGGGCACUGAGACUAUCGAUGACUUCUUCAGCGGUCAGGCUGCUGCAUUAGCAGGGGGAACGACGAUGCACAUAGACUUUGUAAUACCAGUCAAUGGAAGUUUAACUGCUGGCUAUGAAUCCUACUUGAGUAAAGCAAAAAUCUCGUGUAUGGAUUAUGGGUUUCAUAUGGCCAUCACAAAAUUUGAUGAAGUUGUCUCGAAAGAGAUGGAACUCAUGGUUAAGGAGAAAGGUAUAAACUCUUUCAAAUUCUUUCUGGCCUACAAAGGGUCUCUUAUGAUCAGCGAUGAACUUCUGUUGCAAGGAUUGGAGAAGUGCAAGUCCCUUGGUGCCUUAGCUAUGGUUCAUGCUGAAAAUGGAGAUGGAGUCGCCGCAGGGCAGAAGAGGAUGAUAGAUCUUGGUAUAACAGGCCCAGAGGGGCAUGCACUUUCCAGGCCUCCAGUGCUGGAAGGAGAGGCAACUGGAAGAGCUAUCCGCUUGGCAAGUUUUGUGAAUACACCUUUAUAUAUAGUUCAUGUCAUGAGCACUGAUGCCAUGGAGGAGAUUGCUAAGGCUAAAAAAUCAGGGCAGAGGGUCAUUGGAGAAACUGUCGUCUCUGGGCUGGUCCUUGAUGAUUCUUGGCUUUGGCACCCUGACUUCACCACUGCAGCCAAGUAUGUGAUGAGUCCUCCAAUUAGGAAAUUGGGACAUGAUAAGGCCCUUCAAGCUGCCCUUUCAAUGGGAAUUUUGCAGCUUGUAGGAACAGAUCAUUGUACAUUCAACUCCACACAGAAAGCUUUUGGAAUUGAUGACUUUCGGAAGAUCCCAAAUGGUGUCAAUGGUAUUGGAGAGAGGAUGCAUCUGAUCUGGGAUACAAUGGUGGAAUCUGGUAGAAUAUCAGUAACUGAUUAUGUGAAAAUAACAAGCACCGAAUGUGCCCGUAUAUUCAACAUAUACCCAAGGAAAGGAGCAAUACUUGUUGGAUCUGAUGCUGAUAUAAUCAUUCUGAACCCCAAUUCAAGCUUCAAAAUAACUGCGAACACACACCACUCAAGAUCGGAUACAAAUGUCUAUGAAGGGCAGAAAGGCAAGGGUAAAGUGGAAGUCACGAUUUCAAGAGGAAGAGUCGUAUGGGAAGACGGCAAACUCAAGGUCGAGCCUGGCUCUGGAAGGUACAUAAAAAUGCCACCCUUUGGUUAUAUUUUUGAUGGCAUCAGCAAGGCGGAUGCUGCAUAUCUGUCUUCCCUCCAUGCCCCUGUUAAGCGAUUGACAGCAGCCGCCUGAGGUUCCAUGCAUCAUCUGAAAACUAAAGUUAAAUGGACACAUACAGUACCCUGUAUAUACUACCAAAUAAAAUAAGUAGAUAUAUUGAAAUCUGUUAAUUUAUUGGGUUCCUGACCCUAGCAUCAUGACUCCAUUUUUAUAUUAGGAAAGAAAUUAUUUAU